UUGACAUUUUAAUAGCAAUUUUAAUAUUAUGGUAAUAAUCCUACCUUUGGUUAAGAAAAUCCCUCGUUUUAAUAAAAUAAAAUAUUUGAGUGUUUGUCAGAAAUUGUACUAAAUAGAACUGCGUUGUAGGAGAGUAUAUUGUGAACGAAAUUGUAUCAAAAAAGAACAAUUGAACCAAAAAUGCCAACACUGCCAAUUAUAGCACCUGACAAGCCGAGUUAAGUUUAGCACCAACUGCUUACAGCAUAAAUUUUAACGACGCUGUGUGUGGUACCAUAAAUUGUUUGGAUUAUUUCUUUCUUACUAAACAUUUGUGUUCUUUUGCGUUCCUUUAUUGAUUUUGAAACUAAAAAAAUUGAUUACGCAUUGUAAAAGCUGUGGAAAAAAGGAAUCGUUUAUUGAAGUGAAAUAGCACGGUGACUACAGUUGUAGACGCCAUCUUAUAACUCAUAAGGCUAAUUACGUGAAAAAUCUCCGUACUUGAUCAAACAUUUUGACUGACUAAAAAUUUUGCUAAAUGAGCUUGAUUAAUUUUCUCAAUUCGAAGCUUAAGCCCUCUGUAGAGUGCGAAGCGCUAUGUGAGGAUGGUUAUUCUGCGAAUAACUUAAUUGCGGAUGACGCUGAGCAGCUGUCACGCGGUUUCAUGGCAUAUGCCGUCACCAAGCCGCCAGUUGAAAUUGUUUUCGACUUCCCCAAAGCUGUUGAAGUGAAGGUCAUCAAGCUGUGGAAUAGCAAUGGGUCUUUACGGUCGACGGCCUUUGAGCUUCACGGUAAGUUCGAGGGCAUUUGGGAACGUGUUGCUUAUGCGCGUGACCUUGCUGAGGGCGUGGACUCGGUCACUUUUUGCUAUCAAAGCGAUUAUAAUUCUCGUAGCAAUGCAGAAAGUGCUGCUAAUCAAGCACAAAGCGUUAAGGCAUUCUUCUUUAAGACAGCACAUCGUUUACUUUCAAAUGCCAGCAGUCUCAAAGUUAUAGUUUGUGCUACUAAGCGAAGUCCACCAGUUUUGCGUAAAAUAGAAGUAUGGGGCCUGCCGUCGCGAUUGUUAGAGAAAGCAGAUCGAGAGCUAGUUAAAACCAUCUGGAGUGAAAUUGUAAACCCACAGGGUUUUCGCACACAGCAAGGUCGGGGUCAGCGCUCGCCUUCACGUAGCGUACCGGAGCUAAAUGAUUAUUCCACUCUGAAAAUACCCGAAGAGUUCCUUGAUGAAAUCACGUGGGAGCUAAUGAUUUUUCCUACCGUGCUUCCGUCUGGCAAAAUUGUAGAUCAAUCAACUAUCGACAAGCAUUCUGAAGUGGAGGCCAAGUGGGGUCGACUGCCAUCGGAUCCAUUUACUGGCCUUGAAUUUACCUCUCAUCGUAAAGCAAUCCUUAACCUCGCUCUUAAAGCUCGCAUAGAAAAGUUCCUUAUGGAAAAUUCCGAACACUUCAAAACAGUGCCACGUUCUUUAGGAAGUUCUUUUGUAAGGCGUAGCAAAAAUCGCCACGCGUCACAGUUUGCAAGUUUGUGUCAACGCCACAGUUCAACAGCUGGAACCUACUCAUCUCUGUCAGCGGCAUUCUACAAGUCUUCAUCGCAAGCUUCGGCAACAGCGACAUUGUCAUCGCCAACACUUCCACCGAAACGGCUUAGACUUAGCGAUUCGACGGCAUAUCGCUCAGAAGCAACACUACACACUUCCACAGCAACACAAACAUCAUCUUGCACUUCGUUAUCUUUUUCGACAAAGUCAAUACCAUCUUCUGUGGGAGUAGCAACAGCGUCAUCUACUUCGUCUUCCACCACAAUUGCAACAGGCAUCGACCACGCUAUACAAGUAGCAUUAAGAAAUGUUACGCGCUACACUUGCACGCCCCUGGAAACAAAACCUGAUACUUGUAUACUUUGUAAAACAGAAGAGUUCUCAUAUGAAAUAUUAACAUGUAAGCAUCUCGUAUGUCGUUCAUGUCUUGUACAAUUGACGAAGGACGAAAUGUGUAUUUGCAAGACCAGUUUCCGCACAGCCGAUGUUGAACGCUAUCAUAAAUUGUAAGCUCUGGAUAAUUUAUGCAUCGUAAAACACAUGUAUUUAUCGGCAGUUUUAACACUAGAACUGAUUAAUGAGCCUAAAAGUAGUCGUAAAAUUGCUAGUUUUGUUAAAUAUUUUGCCUCAUUUUUAAUACGGCCGCUGUUAUAAAUCGUUGGGGGGAUAAAUGUGUGGUUUACACAUAAAACGACACGAGUCCAGUUUUUGUCAACUGCUUUUGAAAACAAAAACUCGAUUUGUAUGUAACCUUUUUCGAUAUGAUUGAGUUAAGUUUUGUAAAAUGGCUUUAAUGGAAUAGAUUUUGUGAUUUAACGUUUAUAAAAAACUAUUUUUUAUUUUAUGUAUAUUGUUUCUUAAACAUGUUCCCAACGACUUGUAACAGGGUUAAUGGAUAGUUAAUUUAGUCUCAGGCUAGGUUUAAGCAAUAUUUAAUCAGCCUUAAAUAUAAUAAUCGUAAAAUGAUAAACACAAUAUAUUUAGCUAGGCAGCCAGCUAUUGAGUUAAUUUGUAAUUGGUUUGUAUCGAUUAGAACAGGGAGGGAAAAGAAGUAAAACACAAUUUAAGGUUAAUUAAUUUCAUAUUUUUAAGUACUACAUAUAUGUUUAGAUUGCUAGCGAGUUUACGCUCGAUAGACUUGCAACCAAUCAAAUUGAGUCAUUUUUAUCUUAGGAUGGAUUACUGUUGAUUCAAGUGUAUACAUAUGUAAUACUGUGAUGUGCGAUAAAAAAAUAACUUCUAAAUUAGCUGAACUUAAUUUUUCUGUACCGGUAAAAAAGUUUGCGUAAAUCAACCCAUACCAACUAAAACAUCUCGUUGGCGGAUUAGAGUAAAAUUGUGUCAUAUAAUUAUGUCUCUCGAACAUCGCAAUGGAAUUUAAUAUAAAAAACUUUGUAUUUUUUUAUCGCACAACACUUUAUGAAUAUGUUUUCUAUAAUUUGAACAAGUAAUACAUAUACAUACAUCGUCAUAUUAAAUACAUACAAUACAUAUAUGCAUAAAUAUAUUUUCCAUUUCGUCGCCAGGGUCAAAGAUUGUCGUAUGUUAAUUUCGCAGGUUGUGGGAAAUCGCGAUUGAAGUUUGGAAUGAAAUUUUUCAAAAAUGCGAAGAUAGAUUUUCUCCAAAGUUUCUGAAAAUGUUACUAGUUCACAAAAUUCUUAAAUUAUUUAGUUUUUAAUGUUUAUUGUUAAUUCGUUUUGAGUUUAUGAAGGAUUUUCUUUAGUAAAAUUUUGUCGUAAGCGUCAUUUGCCCACAAUUUAACAGCCACAUUGUUUGAAAUACGACAAAAUGUGAUCAAAAUGUCUACUAAAUUAACGACACUUUUUACUCAAUCUCGGAAA